GACAGAGGUGCAAUCUUGAAAGUUGGGAGAGGUGUAAGGAUGGCCGAAGCCGAGGCUAUGCGAUUCGUGUCCAGCCGUUCUUCCAUUCCCGUACCUGAAGUAUACGAGGCGUACGAAAAAAACGGAACAGGGUACAUCUACAUGUCCAAAGCUGAAGGACUGCAGUUGGGAGAGAUGUGGUCGUCGUUGUCGGACGAUAAGAGGGCAUACGUUGCAGAUCAGCUUCGAGGAUACGUGGCAGAGCUUCGUGAUAUGCGCGGGAACUUCUAUGGCGCGCUUUGGAAUCAACCUAGCGCAGACAUCUUCUUCUCACACCUAUGUCUAAAAACACACGACGACAAGCAAUACGGUCCCUUCAAGUCAAGAACCGAAUAUAAUCAAGGGCUAGUCGAGGCUCUUACCAACUCUCGUCCCGGAGGCCAACUUGGGGAAUCAGAAAAUAGCAUCGUCGCCAAAAUCUCAGUUUUGACAGAAGACGCCAAGGUUUUCUCUCAUGGCGACCUCCACCUCGACAACAUCCUAGUCGAUGGCAACUGCAAAAUUAUGGCAAUUGUUGAUUGGGGCUCAGCUGGCUUCAGCAUAUCAGGGCGAGAAUAUUUAGAGGCCAAUCUACGAGCUCGACAACCCGAAUGGAUCAAA